CGCGGAACUGUUCCCACCUCGCAGUCGCGCAAUGACUCUGCCCUUGCAACCACACGGCUAUUCAAGAGCCAUCCCGAGGCUCUGCAUGUCCUGAAAAAAAAUUGAAAGAGAAAAGGCAUGGCCCAAACGCCGGCAAAGUUUCCCGAGGUUCAGGGAGGAGGAAGCUUGAUCAUUGCGUGGCAGAUCAAGGGCAAGAAAGUCCUAGUCGUCGGCGGAGGAGAGGUCGCCGCGGGGCGCAUCCUCCACUGCCUCAAUGCCGAUGCCAAUGUGACCGUCGUCUCCCCCGCCGCCCGCCUCAACCCUGAGGUCGCCUACCGGGUCGCCCAGAAGCAGGUCACGCACGUUGACCGUAACUUCGAGCCCUCCGACCUGGACGGUGCGGACAUGGUGCUGGUGGCUAUCGAUGACCCAGCCGCGUCUACCGCCAUCUGGAAGCUCUGCAAAGAGCGCCGCAUCCCCGCCAACAUCGCCGACGUGCCACCCGAAUGCGACUUUUACUUCGGUAGCGUGCACCGCGAUGGGCCAUUGCAGAUCAUGGUCAGCACAAACGGCAAGGGCCCGAGGUUGGCGAGCACCAUCCGCAAGUUCAUUGCGGAAUGCCUUCCAUCCAACGCCGGGAGGGCGAUUGAGACGGUGGGCGAGCUCCGGGUGAGGCUGCGCCAGAUUGCGCCCAGCCCAGAGGAAGGAUCAAAGCGGAUGGCGUGGAUGACAAAGGUUAGCGAUGCGUACGCUUGGGAUGAGAUGUGUGAGUUGACGGAGGAGGACAUUGGCAAUCUCCUUCGCUUCUAUCCCGAUGGGAAUGUCCCAUCACUCGAAACGCUCAAGGCGAUGCGUGUCAACCCCGAGUUCGGCGACGUGGGAUUUGACGGGUCUUUCGGGUUUAGUGUCGGCGCUUGAGACCCGUCAUAGAGCUCGUAGAUAGCGUAUGGGCAUAGGAAACCGCCCCUGCGAUGCGAACCAAGAAUUUCUUUCCCAAGAUUUGGCUCCGGAUCAUCACGCGGCCCUAACACUGAUGAACACUACCGCAGUUUCUGAAGCUCUCAUGGUCUUCCUAUCCC